AUGCUCUCCCGCAAUCCCCGCCGCCGCAAUAAAAUCAACGCCAUCCUCACCACGAUAUUCAUCAUCUUUGCGCUAUAUUUCUUCUUCUUCGCCGAUUCCAAGUCUGCCCGAGUGUCUGUUCCCAAGAAAGAUGAUCUACGACAACACUCGUCACACCCAGUGGCCCAGGCGAGUCCAUCGCAACGGCCACCGCAAUCACAACAGACAAUACACAAAGCUAUGGUCAUGGCAAGCGUGAAGAGCGAUAAUACUUCAUGGCUAUUUGAGCUGUUCCCUGAUUGGCAUAAAAGCAUUUAUAUGGUGGAUGACAUGUCGGCCAAGUUGACAGUACCGAGGAAUAAAGGGAGAGAAUCGAUGGCAUACUUGACUUAUAUCAUCGACAACUACGACAACCUCCCUGAUCUAAUACUCUUCAUUCACCCCCAACGAUACCAAUGGCACAACGACGACCCAUACUAUGAUGGUGUGCCCAUGCUUUCCAAUUUCCAGGUCCCAUACCUCGAAGAACAAGGCUACGUCAACCUUCGCUGCGCCUGGACCUUAGGUUGUCCUUCGGAAAUCCACCCAUUCUCCGACACCCAUCGCGAGGACGUGCACGCAGGGGAGUACUUCAAGAACGGAUUCAUGGAGUUGUUCCCGGGCGUGGAAGUACCUGAUUCAGUAGGUGUCUCAUGCUGCGCGCAGUUUGGCGUCACGCGCACCAAGAUCAGAGAACGCCCGAGAAGCGAUUACCAGCGCUUCAGGAAGUGGUUGCUUGAGACCCCGCUUCCCGAUGAUUUAAGUGGGAGGAUAAUGGAGUAUUCGUGGCACAUGAUUUUCGGCAAAGGCCCUGUGCAUUGUCCAACUGCCCAAGAAUGCUACUGCAAGGUCUUCGGCUUGUGUGAUCUUUCCUGCCCGGGUCAAGGAGCAUGCGCUGGUCGCUACAUCCUCCCGCCCUAUUCUUCUUUGCCGCAAGGUUGGCCAUAUAUCGGCUGGAAGGGCCAGCAACAGGACCCGUCUUUCGGGUUACCAGAAGUAUAA